AUGAAGGAUUCAGAAGCACCUCCCCAGCCUUACAUUGACCUAUGGAAAAAUUGCAUCGAAGCAGCUGGCGAUGGAACAUUGUGCCUUCAUAAUCGGUUUGUGGCGGUUCAUCUGGUGAAUAUAGUCCGACACAACGCACAUGAGAGGAUCGACGAGAUUCGAGACUGUAUUGCGACCAAAUAUCCUGAUCGUGGCUCGACAAAAGACUUCACGUCCAAUACCAUCAAUCAAGAUCAAGCAACCAUAGCCCUCGCAUUUGCAAUCAAGAUGUGGCUCCACCUUCCUUUCACAUUCGACUUUAAAACGCCGCAAACCCUGGCCGAAUGGACCAAGGGACAAGUGCCACCCAAGACCCCCAAGGAUCAAAUAAUUCCGGGAACUCUAUCCAGCGACUUCUGUAUUUCUCACUUCAAGAGAAAGGGCGGCAUGACCGUGAUUUGGGAAGACGAUAUUACUCAACAUCUGAAAGUUGAUAAAGACAAAGGCAUCCAUGUCUUCCGCCAUUCUGCAAUGCUCACUGCAAUGGAGCGUUCUCCUGACCCAAAUCCAUUCCCUGAAGGCUUCAUUGAGGAAACGCUUCACACUUUAUAUCUCCUCUUCCGUCCCCUAGAACCGCACAAAACACGGAGAAACGUCCGCAUGAUGGAGAAGAAUCCACAUAUUGAUCUUGAGUUAGCAAUGGCAAAGCAAGCUUCUUUUGACCUCAACAACUAUAGGUACUGGCAUGCAAGGCUUGCCAAAAUCCAGACUGCCUACGACAGAACUUCCCCCAAAAGCCUGCAACAAUGGUGGUUUGAUCGGAGAGAUCGCGUGCAAUGGGCUACAUUCUGGACAGCAUUUGUUGUCUUCAUUCUGACAGUUAUAUUUGGUAUUAUCAGCAGUGUAACCGGUAUUCUGCAAGUAAUCGCGGCCUCAGAAUAG